AUGGCAUUCAAAAUCAUUCUUGUAGUAUCUCUAGUUGCCGCUGUCCACGCUAUGCCACAGCAUGGAUACGCAUCUUCGCAUCAAAGCAUUCAACUGCAUUCCCAUGCUGCUCCUGUGCAUCACGUGGCGACUUAUCACGCUGCACCAGUCCAUCACACUAUUGUGAAGCAAGUUGAACAUCAUGCACCAGCCAACUACGAGUUCUCCUAUUCUGUGCACGAUGACCACACCGGGGAUAUCAAAAGUCAGCACGAGAGCCGUCAUGGAGAUGAAGUUCGUGGACAGUACACUCUCUUGGAUGCCGACGGUCACCAUCGCAUUGUAGACUAUCAUGCCGACCACCACAAUGGAUUCAACGCCGUCGUCCGUCGUGAGCCAACCAACGUGAAAAUUGCUCAGCCGGUCCACAAAGUUUUUGCUCAGCCAAUCCACGUGGCUGCUGCACCGUACCAUCAUGCCGCUCCCGUAUCCCAUGCUAGUUUCUCGCACCACGUUGCUCCAAUUACCCAUAUUUCGCAUGUGGCUCCAGUAGCGCACUACGCUCCAGUUGCUGCCUAUCAUAGUCACGGUGGUCAUCAUGCUACCAGUCAUAUCACUCAUCAUCACUUCUAAGAAGCAAAUUCUUCUCCAUGUAUGGGACCUGAUUUUAGAAUGUGUUAAUU